AUGCCGACCACCCGACGCUCCACAGGCGGCGCCCGCGCACGCCCAGGCCCGGCAAAGGGCCAGUCGACCAUCAGCUUCUCCAACCGGGUGACCAAGAGCGUGCCCAAGGACGCAAAGAAGAACGUCGUCGCCGCCGCUCCCGCUGUCGUCAAGGUCCCUGAGCCGGAACGGGCGGCUUCGCCAGCCGAGGAAGAGGUCGAGGACAUCGUCCCCGACGUAACCCUUGACCAAGACGAAGCGGAGGCCGAGGUCGAGGCGCCGCAGCAAGACGAGCCGCAAAAGUCCGAGGCCGAGAUACGGGCGGAGAAGAUCACCGAUGCGCAGAUCAACAAGUACUGGAAGGGCGUCGAGGGCCAGCGCAAAUCGCCGCGGGUACAUCAGGAGGGACUCGACACCAGCGAGAAGGUCCUGCGGUACUUUGACGUGAGCUCGCAAUACGGACCUUGUGUGGGAAUCGCCCGCAUGAAGCGGUGGCAGAGGGCAGAGCGUCUGGGCCUCAACCCUCCGAUCGAGGUGCUUGCCGUGCUGCUGAAAGAGGAGCGCAAGGGCACCAAGGGGGUCGAGACGGCGCAGAUUGAUCACAUUCUGAACUCGAUCGCGGUUGGUGCAUGA